AUGUCCUCUUCUGCUGAUAACGAUAUGUUGCCCGUUAUAAGGAUUGCUGCUCCUGCAAAGGCCACUGCUUCCAUGAUUAUUGUCCAUGGACUCGGUGAUUCCGGUGAAGGUUGGACGUUCAUGUCUGACAUGUUCCAUCAGCACGAUGAGUUCAAGCAUAUCAAUUUCAUUUUCCCAAGUGCUCCUGAAAAACCGUUAUAUGUCAAUGGAAACCAGCCUGUUGCACGAUGGUUUAAUAUUUAUGAAUUUGGCAAUCCAUUCGGCAAACAGGAUGAGGAAGGGUAUUGGAAGUCUUGCAAAUACAUCGAUUCCUUGGUGAAAAAGGAAAUUGAUGCUGGAAUUUCUUCAGACCGAAUAGUUGUGGGUGGAUUUUCCCAGGGAGCAGUCCUAAGUUUGGGUUUGGCUGCUAGCUGCGAACAUAAACUCGGUAGUAUUGUCAACAUGUCUGGUAUAUUUGCCAUGAGAAAGGCUCUUGACAAACAUCUGAAUGAUAAUAACAAGGAAACACCUAUUUUUCACGGCCACGGUGAUUUAGAUCCUGUGUUCAAUGUUCAGUAUGCUAGAGAUACUGCCGAGUUGUUUAAAAGUCUUGGAUUCAAGAAUUAUGAUUACCAUGAAUAUGUAGGUAUGGUUCACACGACAUGUCCGGAUGAGUUGAGGGAUAUUGCAAAUUUUGUCAAAAGGACUAUUCCUUAG